CGGCCGUUUGGGAGGAGCUAUCUCAUAACAGUAAAAGCCUUUUUAGAUUAAAAAAGAUUCAGCGUCGGCAAUAAUAGCAAUCUUUUUUUUUAAAUAAUAUUAUCUUUAAUUUGGGGCGACGGACACUUCAGACAAUCAAAAAGGCAGCAGAAUGAGCAACUAAAAUCCGCCACAAUAUGUCUGCAUGUCCCUGUUUUGUGUCAUUUUAGUGUUCACUCCUUCUUCUUCAUCAUCUGCGUCUUUUCAGUCGUCGUCUGAAUCUGCUACAAACUGAGACGCGCCAGCUACACCACAACAACAACAACAUAUGUGCGUAAAAAAAAAUCUCCACAACAAUGUAAACAAUGGUUUAACGAACAUAUUUCGUCUACACUUUGAACCACCGCUCUCUGCUCAGCUGGUAGAAGAAGAUGAGCCUUUUCUCCUCGCUUGAGGAGGCUUCGCUGCUGUGUGGGGGUUACAUCCUGUUUCCUGUGUUUGUAAACUAGACGGGCUGGAAAACGUCGGGCGAGUGGACCUGAAAGUUUUAAUGCUAGAUGAGUGAGGUGGGUGUGGCUUCCCACCAGCCCGACCAUCCUGACUGACGGAUCUCUGGAUGACCUUGUCCCCACCCCUGUCCCUGCGCUCACAUACACCACAGCAAUGUCACAUCUGCCCAGCAGCUCAGUCCGCGACCAUAUGAAAUGGGCAGGGCUGCUUGGCUGCGAGGCUGUCCUCUCCAGCAUGGCUCUGAUGCAGGCCAGUUCCAUGGCUGCUCCUCCCAAAAAAAUGAUGGCCCCCCUUGGCCAUGGACCACCACAGAGAGAGGGACCUGACCGCGCUCCCCAGGGCCAUAUGAUCCUUCCAUCUGGAAUGAGCUGUCCACCCCUGGUUAGGACCCACUUCGGAAAUCUUAUCCGGAAGGAAGGUGAAUUCCAAGCUCCCCGCCUGCUGGACGAGAAGGAGAUGAGGGCCAACGAGGACAUGCAGCAGAAAAAAAAGAAUAGGAAAUCAGUAACGCCCUGCAAAGUGAGAGAACAAGAAGGACGGGGGGGGAAGGGGACAGGUGGAGAUGAGAAUGGUCCGUCAUCCAAAGUACAGAAAAACUUUAUUUGUGAUCACUGUUAUGGAGCAUUUAGGAGCGGAUACCACCUGAAGAGACAUAUCCUCAUUCAUACAGGGGAGAAGCCGUAUGCUUGUGCCGUAUGUGACAUGAGGUUUAUUCAGCGUUACCACCUGGAGAGACACAGCCUCAUUCACACGGGGGUGAAGCCGUACGCUUGUUCCAUGUGUGACAUGAGGUUUUUCCAGCGUUACCACCUGGAGAGACACAGACUCACUCAUACGGGGGUGAAGCCGUACGCUUGCUCCAUGUGUGACAUGAGAUUCUUCCAACGUUACCAUCUGGCAAGACACAGCCUCACUCAUACUGGGGUGAAGCCGUACGCUUGCUCCAUGUGUGACAUGAGAUUUUUCCAACGCUACCACUUGGCAAGACACAGCCUCACUCACACGGGGGUGAAGCCAUAUGCUUGCUCCAUGUGUGAUAUGAGAUUUUUCCAGAGAUACCACCUGGCAAGACACACUCUCACCCAUACGGGGGUGAAGCCGUACGCUUGCUCCAUGUGUGACAUGAGGUUCUUCCAGCGUUACCAUUUGGCAAGACACAGCCUCACUCAUACUGGUGUGAAACCUUAUGCUUGUACCAUGUGUGACAUGAGGUUUAUACAACGUUACCAGCUGGAGAGACACAGUCUUACUCAUACGGGGGUGAAGCCGUACGCUUGCACCAUGUGUGACAAGAGGUUUUUUCAGCGCUACCACCUGGCGAGACACAGCCUCACUCAUAUGGGAGUGAAACCUUAUGCUUGCACCAUGUGUGACAUGAAGUUUUUUCAGCGUUACCACCUGGCGAGACACAGCCUCACUCAUACGGGUGUGAAACCUUAUGCUUGCACCAUGUGUGACAAGAGGUUUUUUCAGCGCUACCACCUGGCGAGACACAGCCUCACUCAUAUGGGUGUGAAACCUUUUGCUUGCACCAUGUGUGACAUGAGGUUUGUUCAGCGUUACCACCUGGCGAGACACAGCCUCACUCAUACGGGUGUGAAACCUUAUGCUUGCACCAUGUGUGACAAGAGGUUUUUUCAGCGCUACCACCUGACAAGACACAGCCUCACUCAUUUGGGUGUGAAACCUUUUGCUUGCACCAUGUGUGACAUGAGGUUUGUUCAGCGUUACCACCUGGCGAGACACAGCCUCACUCAUACGGGGGUGAAGCCGUAUGCUUGUUCCAUGUGUGACAUGAGGUUUAUUCAGCGUAACCACCUGGAGAGACACAGCCUCACUCAUACGGGAGAGAAGCCGUUUGCUUGUGACAUGUGUGAUAUGAGGUUUAUCCAGCGCUACCACCUUGAGAGACACAAGCGUGUCCAUAGUGGGGAGAAGCCUUACCAGUGUGAGCGGUGCCAGCAGAACUUUUCACGGACAGACCGGCUGUUGCGACAUCGGCGGUUGUGCCAGGGUCGCGGCGUAGCCAAAGUCGAGAACCAGCCAUGCUGCGAACCCCGCCCGUACGCCCAGGAACCCCCGCCCGCACCCCCGACCUGGAGCCCCCUGCACCCCCCUCCAGGCCGACUGGCGGUCUGACAUUCCACCUUCCCUCCGCCCACAAUACCGCCAGAGAUGGGACAAGCCACAGGGUUUCUUUUCCUCAGCGCGGUGCCGAGUGACGCCACACUCUAGCACCGACUGAUCUUGCAGCUCCACUCUUGGGAUUUACUAAUGACGGAGUGACAGUUGUGUUUUUUGUUUUGUUGACUUUUUACUGUGUUUCCUUUUACUCCCCCUGUUUUUUUUAAAGACGAGACUUUUCUGUGAUGAACAGUUGUCCUGUUUUGUACUUAAUCUAUUUGAUUUUUUUGCAACAAAAAAAAGAAAAAAAAAGUUUUUAUUGUUGUUCAAAUAUAUCUGCAUUCGGUGGUACUCGGGGGGGAGGGGCUGUGGGUAUUGUUAAUCCGGACGUGUUUGCAACGAAAUGGGAUGAAGUGGUGAGGAAAAGUAUUUGAGCUUCUUUCUAAUUUUUUCACGUGGCUCAUUUUGACUUAAAAAGUUCGUCACUUAGGUCAGAAUUCAUCAAACUGAACUUUCCUUCCGGGUAAAGCAAGGAACCCACUUUAACAUCUUGCGUAGACCAGAUGGUGCUUGCCGUUGUCGCUAAGAUAGUGCUAAGCAUUAAGACAUGUCACCCAAAGCAGUGUUUGGUCUAAUCAUGAUUUCAACAAUAGUAUUUACCUGAAUUCAUCAACACAUGAGGUACAGUUUUAAUGAUUACUUUGUGUAAAUAAUUGAAAAUGCUUAUUAUUUCACUAAUGGACUUAAGUGUUGAAUUUUUUCUGUUCACAAAAUGGGCCAAAAACAACCCGAUCAUUAGAAAUUGUUUCAAAUAUGGUCUUUUCUCACCGUUUCAGAGAAAUCCUGAGGAAACCUGACUAACUUUAAGUGUUUAUUUAAAAAAAACAAAAAAAAAAAAACGGUAAUAUCAAACAUUGCUUCAUAACUGUAAACCUGGACAUUGAAGAAGUGGAGGAAGAGAGAGAGCCGGCAGUGGACUGUGCUCUGUGUCAGACAUGAAGGCUCUCGUGCUCUGUGGUGUGUGUGUGUGUGUGUGUGUGUGUGUGUGUGACGUGCUGAUGACUCAGGUAAAGGCACCGGACGGCGGCCUCGGCAAGUCGUCCUCCCACCCUUGCCGAGAGUCACGCCGUAGUAAGUUCAGCUGUGUGUGUAUAUACGGUGUAUAUGCAGAGAUCUCCAGUACUUCACAGAACAGCGUCUCGACUGGCUCUGCCCAUGGACUCUGGUCUGAAACAGCACAGGUUGGCCUCUUGAAGUCCCAUCAUGUCUGUACAGUUACUCUCAUUGUGAGAUUAGUGGGGGAUACAAAAUAUUGUGGCCUUAGUGUGUUUUUUUUUCUUUUCAUUUGCCUUUUUUCUCAACCGUUUAUUAUUGUGGAUCGAUGUAUUUACUAAGACGAGGAAGCCUUUCAUCAUCAUCGUAUGUUUUGUUUUUUAUCCUAAAGCUGUCCUGGUUACAGAAUGUUGACGGCUUCAGUGGCGCUAAAACAAACUAACGUGUUCUCCAGACGAGGGAGAGGUUGUCUUUUGAUGAUGAAUAUUUUGGGUCAUUGUUACUGAUUUCAGUGUAACACAGUAUGUAAUCCUGAAGCAGCCCCCCCCCCCCCCCCCAUUGAGUCUGUCAGCAGUGCUCCAUUGUUUCCCACUGCAGUGCUUUGGCUGGUCGCACACCAGAGCAGACUCUACUACACACUAAUGAUUGCCUUUUUUAUCCAAAUAUUAUGUGGUUGGUGUGUAAUAAUGGACGUCUGACAUGUCAUUGGGUUUAGCCUUAAGUAAGUGCGGAUACACAAAUAAUCAUUGUAGUACUAAAUGAUGUAACGAAGGAUUUCCUUUACCUAUGACGAGCUGUGGUCGUGCUGUGUAGAGGUCUAUGACGGUCCGACAGCAGAGAGACUGUUGAUCACGGCCAUUGUGCUGCCUGUUGAAAAAGUUUCUCAAACUUGAUCCUUUCUGCCAACUGGUGCCCAAACUUUUCUGUUUACGCCAGAAAUGUCAGCGCUAGGUGGGAGGAUUAGUCUGCUAGUCUGAACAUACACGGACCCAUCAAGACAUCAGCAAGUAACCAAAACCAUCACCGUGGAUUUUAGGGGAAAAGAGGGUUUUAAUUUAGUUUAAAGUUCCAGAUAGGAUUCAGUGAAUGCCGAUGGAAUCUCAGUGCGUUAUCUGGUCUCUGAUUUCUAAGAUGAACAGAUAUUUGUGUUGGAUACAAGAAGCCGAUUACGGCGUUAUGUGAUAUUUUACCGAAAGUAUUAUUGGGAGGAUUUUUUAUUAUUUUUUUUUAAAUGGUCCAUUGAUAUCAAGGCAAAGUUGUAAUUGUGUAAAGAGGAUUCAGUUUAAAGUUUUUAAGUUAAACCCAGUGGCAGCAAAGGGGCCAAGUUUGAGAAAUGCUUUAAUCUGCUCUGCAAACACUUUUCCAGAUGUGUGGAGGGGAUACUGCUGGUGCGAGCACAUACUACAACGGCUGAAGGGCAAUACAGUAUAUAGUUGACAUCACUUGUUAAUACCUUUUUGACUUAUUGUUUUUAGUAAUAUCAAUCUCAUUGUUAAACUGCAAUAGAAUCCUUCAGUCUCAGAUCGUUUGUAAGAUUGAGGUUUAAUUUUCCCGACCGAUCCGAGGAUUUCUUUGUCUGAGAAGUUCUCAUCACAUUUUGAUGAUUGUUUCAAUGACCUUUUUUAUUCUGAUGAACUUGUAAACACUGGAGUGACGGGGAAAAAAAAGACAAAAAAAAAAUAUUUUUCCUUCAGACUGUACUAGGUUUUAGGUUUUAGACUAAGCCUAUUUCUCCUCAACGUGACACAGAAGGUGGACAGAACAAUUUGGAUCAGUACAGUUGAGAGCCCGGUAUGUUUGGUAAUUUUGACAUUAGAGACGGUAGUACCUCAAGAAAAUGUUUUCUUUCUUAUACGAAGUCCCUGGUAUUUGUAGUAAAUUAUAUUGAUAAUGGUAUUAGAUGAACAACAGCAUAACAGUAGCUAUCACAGAUUAGUUGUUUUCUUUUAUUAGUCUUGCAUGCAGAGUUAUGGUCCUCAGUUAAGAUAGGAUCUUGAUAUUGAUUAUUUUGUGUAGGAAAAUGAGUGCAUAAGAAUAACUUCCUAAAAAAAUAUUACAAUGAUUAUUGUAAAAUGGGCUAACUAAUAUGUACCCUUGUGAUCCAAUUAGUUUCAACUAUAUGAAAAUCAGAGGAGAGGCUUCUUAUUAUGCUGAAAUAAAAGAAUUUGUAAAGGA